AUGGAUAGUCCUCGUUCGAACAACGAAUUCGGUAGUAGCCACACCGAAGGUGGGACCUACAGUGGGAACUGGUCUUACUCGUCAAAUGAACCUGUUGAUCGUUUUUGCCGUUCUGGUAGGGAUGUUAUGUUACGCACAUCAUGGACUAUACUGAAUCCAGGACGCUGGUUUCGCGGUUGCCCUGGUGACGAGGGUCAGUACUGCAGCACGUUCCAAUGGGUGGAUCCCCCUAUGUGCCGCAGGUCUAAAGAGAUAAUCCUUGGACUCUUGAAUCGCAUCUCCGAGUACGAGACCCAGAUGAAACGCCUCAAUGCUCGCCUACAAACGGAGGAGACGCGCCGUCGUAAACUAAUGAAUUAUGUGCUGAUCUCACAAAUUGUUUGGCUAUUGUUUGUCUUUAUUGCGUUCAACAUCUAA